AUGCAAGGAUGGCCAGGCCAGCCUUCCGGCUUACGCGGUGCACAGGCUGCCAACUUGCCGUUAGCGUUCCAGGCCAUGGCAGCAGAUGCGGCUGAGGAGCAAGAGCCGUCUUCAAAACGCCAAAGGUCGCAGGACAACGCAGAAAUGUUUCCCUGUCAAGGAGGGUGGCCAGGUGCUUUUGGUGAGGGCUGCGGUGGCUCGUGCGGAAGUGGCUAUGGCGGUGCGAGUAGCAGCUGCUCAGGUGCUGGUGGAUUGGAUCCCAUGGCAGGCUGCGCAUGUUCUGGACUGGGGUGGGGUGCCUGCGGCGGCAUGAACCCAAUACAACUGGCCCAGAUGCAGCAGAUGGCCCAAAUGGCAAUGGCAGCCUUUGCAACGAAGGCUCCUGACUGGAAGGAGGAUUCUGCCCCCGAGAACCCUCAUGUGGAGGAGAGAUACUACGGCGUGAUUCGUGACUACAACGAGAGUCAAGGCUUCGGCUUCAUAGAGUGUGAAGAUGCGAAGUGGAGAUACGGAAUGGAUGUUUUCAUUCACAGGCGUCAGAUGUUUGGCUUGGCCAAGGGAGACGAGGUUAGUUUCGUGAUUGUGCGAAACUCCCAAGGUCAGCCUCAAGCUAGGCAUGUCAUCAAAAAGGAGGAGACGGCCCGUAUACUGGAAAAGCGGAAGGAUCGGGAGAAGCGAGAGGCUGAGAAGUUGCAAGCCAAAAAGCAGGCCUCAGAGAAGGUUUUUACCCCCAGCACGAUGGAAGGCAAGGUCAUGUCUGAGGAGGAGGCGAGAAGAUUCCAAAAGUCCUUGAAACGGGGCAGAUGA